CCUGGAAUGAGUAGGUGUUCUAAAACCCUGGAAUGAGUAGGUGUUCUAAAACCCUGGAAUGAGUAGGUGUUCUAAAACCCUGGAAUGAGUAGGUGUUCUAAAACCCUGGAAUGAGUAGGUGUUCUAAAACCCUUGAAUGAGUAGGUGUUCUAAAACCCUGGAAUGAGUAGGUGUUCUAAAACCCUGGAAUGAGUAGGUGUUCUAAAACCCUGGAAUGAGUAGGUGUUCUAAAACCCUGGAAUGAGUAGGUGUUCUAAAACCCUGGAAUGAGUAGGUGUUCUAAAACCCUUGAAUGAGUAGGUGUUCUAAAACCCUGGAAUGAGUAGGUGUUCUAAAACCCUGGAAUGAGUAGGUGUUCUAAAACCCUGGAAUGAGUAGGUGUUCUAAAACCCUGGAAUGAGUAGGUGUUCUAAAACUUUAGACUGGUCGUGUAUGACUCAUACAAUUUACAACUUUCAGUCCACUUACCACUGCCUUGCCGCAAGACCUGAUAAUGAUUGCAUGGUUCAAUGAGCUACAGAUUAUCAGCUCUAACAUUGAUGUGUGACUACAGAAUAUCAGCUCUAACAUUGAUGUGUGACUACAGAAUAUCAGCUCUAACAUUGAUGUGUGACUACAGAAUAUCAGCUCUAACAUUGAUGUGUGACUACAGAAUAUCAGCUCUAACAUUGAUGGGUGACUACAGAAUAUCAGCUCUAACAUUGAUGGGUGACUACAGAAUAUCAGCUCUAACAUUGAUGUGUGACUACAGAAUAUCAGCUCUAACAUUGAUGUGUGACUACAGAAUAUCAGCUCUAACAUUGAUGGGUGACUACAGAAUAUCAGCUCUAACAUUGAUGUGUGACUACAGAAUAUCAGCUCUAACAUUGAUGGGUGACUACAGAAUAUCAGCUCUAACAUUGAUGUGUGACUACAGAAUAUCAGCUCUAACAUUGAUGUGUGACUACAGAAUAUCAGCUCUAACAUUGAUGUGUGACUACAGAAUAUCAGCUCUAACAUUGAUGUGUGACUACAGAAUAUCAGCUCUAACAUUGAUGGGUGACUACAGAAUAUCAGCUCUAACAUUGAUGUGUGACUACAGAAUAUCAGCUCUAACAUUGAUGUGUGACUACAGAAUAUCAGCUCUAACAUUGAUGGGUGACUACAGAAUAUCAGCUCUAACAUUGAUGUGUGACUACAGAAUAUCAGCUCUAACAUUGAUGGGUGACUACAGAAUAUCAGCUCUAACAUUGAUGUGUGACUACAGAAUAUCAGCUCUAACAUUGAUGUGUGACUACAGAAUAUCAGCUCUAACAUUGAUGUGUGACUACAGAAUAUCAGCUCUAACAUUGAUGGGUGACUACAGAAUAUCAGCUCUAACAUUGAUGUGUGACUACAGAAUAUCAGCUCUAACAUUGAUGUGUGACUACAGAAUAUCAGCUCUAACAUUGAUGGGUGACUACAGAAUAUCAGCUCUAACAUUGAUGUGUGACUACAGAAUAUCAGCUCUAACAUUGAUGUGUGACUACAGAAUAUCAGCUCUAACAUUGAUGGGUGACUACAGAAUAUCAGCUCUAACAUUGAUGGGUGACUACAGAAUAUCAGCUCUAACAUUGAUGUGUGACUACAGAAUAUCAGCUCUAACAUUGAUGUGUGACUACAGAAUAUCAGCUCUAACAUUGAUGUGUGACUACAGAAUAUCAGCUCUAACAUUGAUGGGUGACUACAGAAUAUCAGCUCUAACAUUGAUGUGUGACUACAGAAUAUCACCUCUAACAUUGACGGGUGACUACAGAAUAUCAGCUCUAACAUUGAUGGGUGACUACAGAAUAUCAGCUCUAACAUUGAAUGUGGAGGGAGUUUAUCCUAGCCACCGUGCUUCUACACCUGCAUUGCUUGCUGUUUGGGGUUUUAGGCUGGGUUUCUGUACAGCACUUUGAGAUAUCAGCUGAUGUACGAAGGGCUAUAUAAAUACAUUUGAUUUGAUUUGAUAGACUGACUAGAAUUAAUAGUUGAGAACUUGUUCUCAACUGCCCUACCUGGUUAAAUAAAGGUGAAAUAGAAAAUAAAUAUAAGGCCGCUGGCCUUCUUGAUCAUACCUGUUGCUCAUCUGCCCUAUAUGUCAUGAACAUGCCAUUCAUGAGCAGGUGAUGUAAAGUUA